AUGGCUUCAUGCAUGGCUAUGAAACGUUCGUUUGACCAUGAUCGUGAUCCGUCGAACACGAAUUCAUUCGAAUCUCGAACAUCAUCUCCAUCCAAUAAACGACCACGACGGCUUUUUCCAAUGACGGUUGUUUCGUCGCCUACAACAGCUACCAUGACUAAUGAAACAACUGAACCGACAGUAUUUCCUGAUAUUCAACCGAUUUCAACUGCUGAUGUUUUACUAACUCGAAUCAAAGAAGAAGUCCGCCGCCUUCAACGACGUCAACAAUUGAAACUUCCAUCGACAUCUGAUCAGAGCGAUGAGGAUACUACGGCAAAUCAAAACGAAACACGUUCAGCACAACAUCUCUUAACACUCAAACAAGUCAAUAUGAUUUGUGCACGAUUAUUAAAAGAACGUGAAGAGAAACUUCGCGAAGAAUACGAUCGAAUUCUAUCCAACCAGCUCAGUGAACAAUACGAAGGCUUUGUUCGAUUUACUCAAGACCAGCUUACACGAAGAUUUUCUGAAUUACAAUUUUCUUAUGUUUCAUGA